AUGCAACGAGGUGUUCAUGGACGGUUAAUGGAUAACUCCACUAGUGUACGAGAAGCAGCUGUGGAGCUGCUUGGCCGAUUUGUGCUCUGUCGUCCUCAGCUUGCUGAGCAGUAUUAUGACAUGCUAAUUGAAAGAAUAUUGGAUACUGGUAUCAGUGUCAGAAAGAGAGUCAUAAAGAUACUUAGAGAUAUCUGCAUUGAACAACCAUCAUUUCCCAAAAUUACAGAGAUGUGUGUGAAAAUGAUUCGGAGAGUCAAUGACGAAGAAGGCAUUAAGAAAUUAGUAAAUGAGACAUUCCAGAAGCUCUGGUUUACUCCAACUCCACACCAUGACAAAGAAGCAAUGACCAGGAAAAUACUAAACAUCACUGAUGUGGUUGCAGCUUGUAGAGAUACAGGAUAUGAUUGGUUUGAACAGCUUCUUCAAAAUCUGUUGAAGUCAGAAGAGGAUGCCUCAUAUAAACCUGUGAAAAAAGCCUGUACUCAACUUGUUGAUAAUUUGGUUGAGCACAUUCUUAAAUAUGAGGAAUCCUUAUCAGAUUCUGACAACAAAGGUGUGAAUUCUGGUCGCUUGGUUGCUUGCAUAACCACUUUGUUCUUAUUCAGCAAAAUCAGGCCCCAGCUAAUGGUCAAACAUGCCAUGACCAUGCAGCCAUACUUGACUACUAAAUGUAGUACCCAGAAUGAUUUCAUGGUGAUCUGCAAUGUUGCAAAAAUCUUAGAACUUGUAGUGCCAUUAAUGGAGCACCCAAGUGAGACCUUUCUUGCCACUAUUGAGGAAGACCUCAUGAAACUCAUCAUCAAAUAUGGCAUGACAGUUGUUCAGCAUUGUGUGAGCUGUCUUGGGGCUGUUGUGAACAAGGUCACACAGAACUAUAAAUUUGUGUGGGCCUGUUUUAAUAGAUAUUAUGGUGCACUUUCAAAAUUAAAAAGUCAACACCAAGAAGACCCCAAUAGUACAAUACUUACUGCCAAUAAACCAGCACUCCUUAGAUCACUUUUCACUGUUGGAGCAUUGUGUCGGCAUUUUGAUUUUGAUCAAGAAGAUUUUAAGGGCAACAGUAAGGUUAACAUUAAGGAUAAAGUACUUGAACUGCUGAUGUAUUUUACAAAGCAUUCGGAUGAAGAAGUACAGACAAAAGCCAUAAUUGGCCUUGGAUUUGCAUUUAUACAACACCCAAGUUUAAUGUUUGAACAAGAAGUGAAGACUCUGUACAACAGCAUUCUUUCAGAUAAGAACUGUUCAGUAAACUUGAAAAUCCAGGUGUUAAAAAACCUCCAGACCUACUUGCAGGAGGAGGAUACACGUAUGCAGCAGGCAGACAGAGACUGGAAAAAAGUAGCAAAGCAGGAAGAUCUGAAAGAAAUGGGGGAUGUUUCCUCAGGGAUGAGUAGUUCCAUCAUGCAGCUAUAUCUCAAACAAGUCCUUGAAGCUUUCUUUCAUACCCAGUCCAGUGUACGCCAUUUUGCUCUAAAUGUCAUUGCACUGACAUUAAACCAGGGUCUCAUCCAUCCUGUUCAGUGUGUUCCAUACUUAAUUGCUAUGGGCACAGAUCCAGAGCCCUCUAUGCGAAACAAAGCUGAUCAGCAAUUGGUGGAAAUAGACAAAAAAUAUGCGGGGUUCAUUCACAUGAAAGCAGUGGCUGGUAUGAAGAUGUCUUACCAAGUACAACAGGCAAUCAAUACCUGCCCAAAGGAUCCUGUAAGAGGUUUUAGACAUGAUGAAUCAUCCAAUGCAUUGUGUUCACAUCUGUAUUCCAUGAUCCGAGGGAACCGUCAACACAGACGAGCAUUUCUAAUUUCUUUACUCAACCUCUUUGAUGAUACUUCAAAAACAGAGGUCAGUAUGCUCUUGUACAUAGCAGACAAUCUAGCCUGUUUUCCUUAUCAAACACAGGAAGAGCCACUGUUUAUAAUGCAUCACAUAGACAUUACACUGUCUGUUUCUGGCAGCAACCUACUACAGUCAUUUAAAGAGUCUAUGGUGAAAGACAAAAAAAAGGAAAGAAAGCCUUCAUCAGAUGAGGAGACUGAGAGUGACAGUAACAGUGGUAGUGAGAGCGAAAGUGAGGAGGAAGCUUCUAAGCCUCGGAGGUUACGGAAACGAGUAGACACUGAUUCAGAUUCUGAUGAAGAAAACGAUAUAAAUGCUGUGAUGAAAUGUUUACCAGAAAAUUCAGCUCCUUUAAUUGAAUUUGCAAAUGUCUCCCAAGGCAUAUUAUUACUUUUGAUGCUGAAACAGCAUUUAAAGAACCUCUGUGGUUUCUCCGAUAGUAAAAUUCAGAAAUAUUCUCCAUCUGAAUCUGCAAAAGUUUAUGAUAAAGCGAUAAACAGAAAGACAGGAGUUCAUUUCCAUCCAAAACAAACUUUAGAUUUUUUGCGGAGUGAUAUGGCUAAUUCCAAGAUCACUGAAGAAGUGAAGAGGAGUAUAGUAAAACAGUACUUAGAUUUCAAGCUCCUUAUGGAACAUUUGGAUCCUGAUGAAGAGGAAGAAGAUGGAGAGGUGUCAGCUAGCUCAAAUGCUCGGAACAAAGCAAUUACCUCGCUGCUUGGAGGAGGCAGCCCUAAAAACAAUACAGCUGAGACAGAGGAUGAUGAAAGUGAUGGGGAGGAUAGAGGAGGAGGCACUUCAGGGUCAUUGAGAAGGUCAAAACGAAAUUCAGACUCUACGGAGUUGGCAGCACAGCUGAAUGAAAGUGUUGAUGUCAUGGAUGUCAUCGCUAUUUGCUGUCCAAAGUACAAAGACCGACCACAAAUUGCAAGAGUAGUACAGAAAACCAGCAAUGGCUUCAGUGUUCAGUGGAUGGCAGGCUCCUACAGUGGCUCCUGGACUGAGGCUAAGCGCCGUGAUGGCCGCAAACUGGUGCCUUGGGUAGACACUAUUAAAGAGUCAGACAUUAUUUACAAAAAAAUUGCUCUAACAAGUGCUAAUAAGCUGACUAAUAAAGUUGUUCAGACUUUACGAUCACUGUAUGCUGCCAAGGAUGGAACUUCCAGCUAAUGAAUUUGUACAUGCAGCCAAAUGUACAGGAAUUGAAAUAACAGAAAAACUUGAAAUACCAACUUUCUGACAAAAAAAAAUCAGUUAAAGGAAGAGUAAGAAUGGAACCUGGGACACAGGAAAUGUUUGGUAACCAUUUAUGUGGGAGCUUCCUUCGCUGUUGUGCAGCAGAAACUUCUCAGUUCAUUUUUACUCCCACUGUAUUAUAAUUUAACAAAAAAAUGUUUAUAUCUUGAAAAAAAACUUUCUGUUUAAAAAAAUAAAAAAGUGAAUGUUGGAAAUUAGUCUGUUAAUGUUCUUAAUAAAGUGUUAUUGGAGUUUAACCUAGCAGCAGAUGGCUUUCUUUAGCUUAGCCCAGUUUCUAGGGAAGCAUUGUUUUUCCAGGCUGUAAAAUGGCAGAAUCUCCUGGAUAUAUAAUUUAUUCUGUUCAAGAAGAAAAAGUAAAGAAAAAAA